UCGGUCCUGUCUGCCUGUAACAUAUUGGACUUGCGGUGGUGCGCGACUUGCUUGCUGUUCCGUCGUCGUAUCACACACAGCCCAGCACAGUGCGGUAUCAGUGUUCAGCUAAACCGAAAAAUUUAUUGUCAGUUCUGUAUAGUGUUGAUCAGCAGCUCUAUAAUACAGUGACCAUUGAUUGCGUUGCACAAGAGUCGCGAAUCUGGUGAAUAUUGGUCAUCAUUUCGUUUUUUUUCCUCGCUGGUGACCCGUGUGAGUGUUUUGUUGAAGAAGCGUGAAAACUCCUCCCGCGAGAGAGCAAAGACCCGUCGGAAUGUCAACUGCUGCGGGAGGCUCCGAAUCCGUGUUCGGAAUGUUCAAGUGUAAAAAGUGCCAUUGAUGGAAGUUUCUGAUUGUGCAGGUUAUUCGGCUUUGUGAACAUUGAAAGCGGCGGCAGCAUCUUCUCCUCCGAACGACGGUGAUUUGGGGAGCAUUUCAGAAAACGGCAAAAAUAUCAGUUUUUAUUUUAACACCAAAAAGAAGCGGUGCUAGAGCUCCGGGUAGCUGGAAACGGAUUCCAGUUAUAUCAACAGUGUAUCCCCGUGCGCAAGCAAGAGUUGCCGAUGCGCGUGAAGCACUGCCGCGCUAAUAGGUUUACCACGAGCUGAUAGAAGCGGCAGAUUAGAACACCCGUUACUCGCAUUCACAACACACCCGGGGCUGGGAGCCCUAACGACGACGGCGACGACAGUUGAAGACAGGCUAAAGGUCGUACGUCGCUCGCUUCUCGGUCCGAUGGAGCUGUCUUCGAUGAAACGACAGACCGAUCAUUCCACGACCAGUUUCUACCCCAAAGCAGCUGCUCGGACAAGCAUUAGCGGGCGUUAAUCAACUGUACCGAACCAGUUGAUAAAUCAUAGAAAUAAUUGUAUUGGUCUUUGAGACUCGGUGAAUCCACAACAUACAUCAUAUUAGUAGCUGAAACAUCCGAAAGAGACAAUAGAAAAAAACGAUAGAGAUUGCUGGAAAGAGCGGGGUUUCCGAACCCGCGAUGCGCCUUCUGAUGCGUCAGCGCAAGAUACUGCUCGGUUUGGGCCUAGUCUGCUUUCUGCUGUUACUGUUCUUCAAAGGUACCGAUCUGGGCGGGCGAUGCCUGCAGAGCGCGUACGGUGGACGGUCUUCCCCUGGCAGCAGCGGAGAAAUGGUACGCGGUGUGGACAGUGAACAGGAUGGUCACGGCAAAAGUUACCAGUAUCAUAGGAAUAUGCCGCUGAUAUUCAUCGGCGGGGUGCCCCGGUCGGGGACGACGCUGAUGCGGGCGAUGCUGGAUGCACAUCCGGAAGUGAGAUGUGGUCAGGAGACACGUGUCAUUCCCCGCAUCCUGCAGCUCCGCUCGCACUGGAUGAAAUCGGAAAAGGAAUCGGUGCGGCUGGUCGAGGCCGGCAUCACCAAGGAGGUGCUGAACAGUGCCAUCGCCCAGUUUUGUCUGGAGAUUAUCGCCAAGCACGGCGAUCCGGCUCCACGGUUGUGCAACAAGGAUCCACUCACGCUCAAGAUGGGUUCGUACGUGAUUGAGCUGUUCCCGGAGGCAAAGUUCCUAUUCAUGGUCCGAGACGGUCGGGCGACGGUGCAUUCCAUCAUCUCGCGGAAGGUUACCAUCACCGGGUUCGAUCUGACCAACUACCGGCAGUGCAUGACCAAGUGGAACCAGGCGAUCCAGACGAUGCACGAUCAGUGCAAGGAGAUCGGCAAAGACCGCUGUAUGAUUGUGUACUACGAACAGCUGGUGCUGCAUCCCGAGGAAUGGAUGCGGAAGAUUUUACGCUACCUGGAGAUCCCCUGGAACAGUUCGGUACUGCACCACGAAGAGUACAUCAACAAGGAGAACGGGGUAGCGCUGUCCAAGGUGGAACGAUCAUCGGAUCAGGUGAUAAAACCGGUUAAUCUGGAGGCUCUGUCGAAGUGGGUUGGGCAAAUACCGGAGGACGUGGUGCGAGAUAUGGCCGAAAUAGCACCGAUGCUGUCGGUGUUGGGUUACGAUCCGUACUCGAAUCCACCGGACUAUGGUAAACCGGAUUCGUUCGUGCAGGAGAAUACUUAUAAGGUCCGCGCAAACCCACAGAUGUGGGAGCACAAAGUAAAGGAACUACUUAAUCGCGACGCGAACCCACCGAAUGCGAACCAAAUCAACAACAACAAUAACAACAACGAGGACGAGGAUGACUAUGGCAAUAAUAGGGAACGUAAAACGUGAUAUUAGAAAAUUUAGCUGGAAGGUCUGUUUUUUCUCUUUAUUCCUCAAAGGAAUGAAACAAUCAAUUAACGAAGGUGUACCCCGUAGAAAACGGAGUUUUAGUAAAACAACGACAAUGAUACACAGACAUUGUACGUUGGUUUUUUUUAAAAAAAAACCACAACUAAGUCGGUGGAGAAGGCAUCAAACUUAAAAGCAGCAAGUCAGUAUCCAAUUGGCUUCACUAUCACGGAAUAAGAGCUUAAUUAUUUUUUUCCCCAAUCUCGCAUUAAAACAAAUCAAUAAUAGUCUUGAUCAUGUUCAAUGGUGCCGUUUGUAGGCAACCAGGAGAGUUCACUGUUGUAUUAGGAUAGUAAGAAAGAAAAACAUGGCUACAUCGAAGUCAAAGCCACCACCGCAUCAGCAGUAGCAGCAGCAGCAGCAGCCGUGCAACUUUUAAACUGAAAAGAAAAUGUAAAACGGAUCGUUAUUUUAUACAUCUUAGUGAAUAUCAUCAGUAAACUGAGGUAACUAAUUGACUGUAAAUAGUAUGUACGUCGUACGGAAACAAAUCAAAGAAUUAACUGGACUAGGAUAAGGCGGGAGAGAUCGAAAAUCCUGAAACGAAGUCUUAAGUGUAUAAAAAAAACUACUAAACUACAAAAUACCAAUUAAACGGGGCAUGUUUUCGCUUCUUCAAUGUUGAAACAAUCAAGAA